AUGCUGGUGCUCCGUUUCGCACUGCUUCUUUUCCUUCAGGUGGCGCAGGGCUGGAAAUGGAUGGCCAAGAUCAAGGCUCCGUCCCUGACCAAGAUGCAGAAAGGCUCCAAGUUCGGAGACAAAAAGCUGGUAGUCGUCACCGGGACUUCUUCCGGGCUUGGAAAAGCUGUGACAAAGGCCUUGCUGAGGGCAAAGGACUACCAUGUCAUCGGCGCAGUACGGGACCUGGAGAAGAUGGAUGUUGUGGCCGAGUUGGAGGGCUUUGACCUGGAGCGCUUCACCCCCAUGCACCUGGACCUUGCUAGCUUCGAGUCCGUGAAGAAGUUCAGCAAGGAGUUGGACAAAUUCCGAGGAGACCGGCCUAUCGAUCGGCUUGUUUGCAAUGCAGCUGUGUACCAGCCGACGCUUGCCUACCCAAAAUGGACCGUGGACGGCCACGAGCAGCAGCUUCAGAUCAACUACCUCGCUCAUUUCCUGCUCACAUCAAAGGUCAUGCCCAUGAUGACGGACUCGAGCGAUGCCCGUGUGGUCAUGAUAGGAUCCGUCACUGGCAAUGACAACACAGUCGGAGGAGGAGGGGUCUACCCCAUCGCUGAUCUGAAGGAGUUGGAUGGCCUUGAGCUGGGAUGCAAGAAGCCGAUUGCAAUGAUGGACGGCUACAACUUCAAUGGUGCCAAGAUGUACAAGGACACGAAGCUGGCGCUGAUGAUGACUUCCAACAUGCUUCAUGAGCGCUUCCACCGCUCCACAGGCAUUGCCUUCAGCUCCAUCUACCCUGGCUGCAUUGCAGAGACCCCCCUUUUCAGGGAGAAGCGGCCUUGGUUCCGGAAGUACUUCCCCAUCUUCAUGAAGUACAUCACCGGAGGCUUUGUGGGUGAGGAGGAGGCCGGCACUCGCCUCUUCCAGGUGGUCCAUGAUCCGAAGUGCACCAAGUCGGGCGUGUACUGGUCCUGGAACGGAGGGCCCCGCGAAGGCCGUGGCGAUGCUUUGGAAAAGGGUGGUCAGAUCGUUGGCGCUGGUGGCGCCGGGGGAGGCUGGGAGUCCAUCUACGAGAACGAUCAGUCUGACAAGGUCCUGAACAAGGAUCUCAUGCAGAAGCUUUGGCAGACCACCAACGAGAUCACUGGCGCCGAAUGGCCUCUGGCUUACCAGGCCAAGUCACCAUGCCCCACUUUGAAGGUAGUGGGAGCAGCUACAUCUCUCCUGGGCAUCAUGGAGGAGCGGGCACGCAUGAAGGCCUCCCGGGAGGGCGAGGGUGCCAAGAUUGUCGCGAACAAGACGCUGCCCAAAGAUGUGCGGCGUGCGCACCUCGAGAAGAUGCUCUUGGCUCUUGACAAGACCCCCACAGAUCCCGAGGAGCUGGAGAAGGAUCUGCUGCGCACUGCUGGCAAAGUGCCAGAGAGCGUGGUGACCGAAGUGAACCGAGAGCUCCAAGAGCUGGAGACAGAGACCGAGGCGGCGGCUUCAAAAGCUGAAGCCAUCAUGCCUGAGCUUGAAGCCUUGGAGGCCCUUGAGACUCCUUCAGAACCACCCAGGAUGAUCCCAGGCCAUGAGAAUCUGGGCGACACUCCCGUGGUCUUCCAACCUCAGAACGUGAAGACCAUGGCACGUGUUGGCCAGCCUUUGAGCGAAGUAGCUGCUCAGGCCGACGUCUUCAUCCGUUACAAGUGCAAGAAGGGUGAGUGCAAGACCUGUGCCGUGAAUAUUGACGGCAAGUGGGUUUCUGCCUGCCAAACCAAGAUUCCCCCGCAAGAGCCAGGGAACAGCUUCGAUGUCCGCGUUCGGCCAGUUUCCGAUGCCUUCAAGACACAGGAGAAGGCCGCUUUCUUCACACCCAAGUCCUUUGCCGACGGCGUUGUCAACAACGGCCUGGGCGUAAUAGGCUUCGUGAAGGAGGCCUUUGGCGCUGACCCAGACUUCAAGGUUCGCAUGGAGCGGGAGAAGAAGAUUGAGCAGCUCCUCGCGAAGAGGUCCAAGGAGGGCAAAGAGGGCAAAGUGAAAGCAGUGAAGAUGUCGAAGCUGCGAGGGCCUUCGCCUUCCUCAGGAUUGUCACCUGAGAAGUCCAAUUCCAAGACAGUGACGGACGAGUACGGACGGGAGUUUGUCCUUCCCGGCUUGGCCAUGACGGCAGCCUUUAUGUUUGCACUGAUUCAGAAUUACCCGGUACUUGACUGA